GAACUAGCGAAAUAUAAGGGAGAGGAAAAACUUAACUUCUAUUAUUGAUGUUUAUCAUACGGAUUUACACAACGUAAGAGUGGAUUAUCGCAUAACAAAGUGCGACGAAAUGAUGAGAGGGAAAUAAGGAAGGUGAUUGUAACAACAUCAUGGAGGUGGACGAGGUAGCACAGGAGAGUGAGUUACUCUUUUAUAGAACCUACACCCAAACGUUCGGGGUGUUACAUCUUAUAACACUUCCAUCCAUCUCUCCAACAUAAAAAAAUAAAAAAAUAACGAUAUUUACUUUUCCUUGAUAUUUUUCUAUAUUUUUAUAGGAUACUUUUCUAUAUUUAGUUCUAAAAGUCUUUUGAAAGUUAAGGAAAAGAUUAUACAAUUUCUUUUUACACAUUUUGGUAAAAUAAUAAAUAUAUGCGUUAUCUCUCCAAAUCCUUCCACUAUAAAUCAACCUAGUUUCACCUUCACAUCCAAACUACACAACACUAUUUCUCAAAACACCAUGAAAAUGAACAACCCCAAUAUUCCUCACACUCGCGCUCUUCUCCUCGUCUUCCUUCCCAUCUUCCUCUCACUCGCAACCGCGAUCCAAACAUCGUUGCUGGUUCAAACCUGCAAGAGAACCAGCGACGCCGCGCUCUGCCUCUCGUCCCUUUCAUCAAACCCUAGGACACCCUCGGCCCGCGACGUCAAGACACUGGCUCUGAUAGAGCUCGACACAAUAUCAACCAAAACCAACGCCACCGUGGACACCAUCAUUCAAUUGCUCAACAAUACCACGGACGAGUAUAUGUUACGAGCCUAUGGGUCCUGCGUCGACACAUUCGGCGGAAUCGUGGUGAACAGGAUUCCACAGGGAAUCGCGGCUUUGAAUUCGAAAAAUUAUGCGGAAGCGAAGAAUCAGGUUGGAUUAGUUCAGUCCGAUGUGCAGUUAUGCUUCGAACAUUUUUCCGAGAAGCAGCCGUUUACUAGUGGAUCUAAGCUUGUCAGUCGUUUGGCUGGUGUGGCCAUUGGGAUCAUUAGUUUGUUGCAUUGAAGUGAUGUAAUGUUGUAGUUUUUUUGGGUUAAUUAAUAAUAAUUAUGUCGGGUUGAUUUUGGUGCUUUGUUGUGAAUUGAGGAGUCUUGUCGUCCUUGCCCACAUUUUGAUUUUUGACAUGCCAUUGAAAGGCACUACAACAAAUAUGGCCUUUUAUGACCAUCUCCAUGCAACUAAAUUAUUUUUGGUCGGCAAAGGCUUAUUUUUUAUGACCAAUUAUAGUUUAGUAAUGAAAAGUUUGAUGAAUUGGUCACUAGCUAAAAAAAGAGUUCUUAUAACCAAAUUAAAAUUUAUAUGACCGAAAAAAUUUAGUAAUAAAAUGUUGAAUUUUUUUCCUAACCAAAACUAUCUGUUUAUUAUCCUUAAUGCUUUUUAAAGUAACUAAUAGUUUUGGUCACAUAAACAUGCUAAAAUAGUCACUUACAAAGAAAAAAAAAUUGUGACCAUACUAAAGUUUACAUUACUAAAAAUAUUGGUAAUAAAGCAAUUAAAUAAUU